CGGCUGAAGACGACCACGAGGAUGAGGACGGUCUGGUGGUAGUGUUCAUGAGUCAUGGUGAACAAGGUGGGAUUCUAAAUACUUUUGAUGCAAAUAUCAAUAUUGAAAGUCUUUAUGAAGCUUUCCUGCCUGAGAAAUGUGCUUCUCUAAAGAACAAGCCAAAACUCUUCUUCAUCCAGCGGACCAUUUCCUUGGGCCGCACUCGGCGCGAGCACAGCCAGCCAGAGAGGGAACUCACAGUUCCCCCGUUCCAGGAGGAUGCGAUACGUGCAGCGUUUGGGUUCCGAUCAAUGUCACGUGCCGGUUCACAGUAUGACACGGCGGGCACUUCGAGCACCUCAUCCGAGUGUCAAACAGGAAAGAUUAAUGCAGCUAUCUUGGUCGUGCGCAUCGUGUCAGCCAUCCUGUAUGAGGCACGAUAC